CAGCACCAUCUCCUGCGCAUCACUCUUGGGGUUUUGAUAAGUUUUAAUGAAAGCUGCACCUGAGUCAUAACACCAUGUACACUCCAUUCCGCUCUGGAUUAUCCUCCCUGUCCCUGAGCUCUUUGCCCACAAUGUCAGGCUCCAGGCGGGCUACGAGCGUCCAUGGCGCCGGUAGAAACGUCCGGGUGUCCUACGCCUCCGACGGCAUUGGUGCCGGCUUUGACCUGGCAGAUGCGCUCGGCGGUGCCGGAGGUAACAGCAGCAGUUUGUCCGUUUCAGGCAGCGAGAAAGUGACCAUGCAGAACCUCAAUGACCGCCUGGCCGCCUACCUGGAAAAGGUGCGCUCCCUGGAGUCCGCCAAUUCGCAGCUGGAGCGUCAAAUCCGCGAGUGGUACGAGAAUCAGACCCCCACAGUCAGGGACUACAGCAAGUAUAAGGCGAUCAUCGACGACCUGUGCAAAAAGAUCAGUGCUGCCACGCAGGACAAUGCCAGGCUGAUGCUGCAGAUUGACAAUGCCAGGCUGGCAACAGAGGACUUCAGAAUCAAGUUUGAGAACGAGCAGGCAGUGCGCAUGUCAGUGGAGGCGGACAUCGCCGGACUGCGCAAGGUUUUGGAUGACCUGACCAUAGCCCGGUCUAACCUGGAGAUGCAGGUGGAGGGCCUGAAGGAGGAGCUGGUCUACCUGAAGAAGAACCACGCAGAGGAGCUUGCAGCCUUGCGUGACCAAGUUACUUCCAGCUCUGUGAACGUGGAGGUGGACGGCGGGCCUAAGGAGGACUUGACCAGGAUCCUGAAGGAGAUCAGGUCUCAGUAUGAGGGCAUCGCUGACAAGAACCGCAGCGAAAUGGAGGCCUGGUACAAGGUCAAGUUUGACGACCUGAACAAGCAGGUCGCAAGCAGCACAGAGACCCUCCAGACGUCCCGAAGUGAGAUCAACGAGCUCAAGAGGACCAUGCAGAGCCUGCAGAUUGAGCUGCAGUCCCAGCUCAGCCUGAAAUCUGCCUUGGAGGGCCAGCUGGCAGAGACAGAGUCCAGCUACAACCUGCAGAUGAACCAGCUCCAGGCCACGGUCAACGCCCUGGAGAGCGAGCUCGGCCAGAUGAGGGCGGACAUCGAGAGGCAGUCCACAGACUACCAGGUGCUGCUCGACAUUAAGACCAGGCUGGAGCUGGAGAUCGCUGAGUACAGAAGACUGUUGGACGGAGAGGAUCAAACGAAAACUAUUACCACAACUGUACAAACGACUCAAGUCAAAGCUCAACCAGUUAUAACCCAGAGGAGAAAGGUGGUGAUUGAGGAGAUUGUUGAUGGAAAAGUGGUGUCCCGCACAGAAGAUGUGGACACAGAGGUCAUCAAGAAGUAGACAGACUGGAUCCUAACAGAUCUGGGGAAAAUAAUACCUUUGCUUCAAGAGGCCCUCCUGUAUUUUUUCUGUUUCUGAUGCCCGUCUUAAGUCUGUUAAAAAUAACCAGGAAAAAUGUUGUUGUGAAAAAUGUACCCAGGUCUGAAAUCCAUCCAAAAUACUUUCUACUCUCUCCAAAUAUUUGUGCAGUGCUGAUAUUUGGAUUUAUUGUCAGAAAAUAUUUAUUCUGAUGUUAAAAAAAAGCAAAGACAAUAGAAGGUUUUUAGAAUGUGUAAGAAGAAUGUGAAAGCACUGGGGAACUGAUUGUACUGUGCCUGAAUGACAUCUUUCUUAGUUUUCUAUCACUUCAUUUAUCCAAAACCCACUGAAGACAAUUAUACUGUCCUCCAAUCCGCCCCCUGAAGUACCACAUUUACACACUAGGUGGCACUGUGAGCCUCAGAAAGGAAAUGCACUUUUGCAGAACUCCAUUGGAUGGAGUGGAUACAUAGAGUGAUAAAAGAAAGAUAAUAUUCCAUACAUAAUUUGUAGGGGGGGGGGGUCAUUGUCAGUGUCAGUGUGAAAAGUAAUAUUAAAUAUUUGUGCAUUUUAUGUUAGUGAUGUUUUUCUCAUGUUAACAAUGUUAAAGGUGUUAUGUGUAGCAUUUUUAAGGUAAUAUUUUUGUCAAAUUAAAUAUUGCCCUAGUACAAUUACCACUGAUGAAUUAGUCCAUUGUCGAGAUGAUUGGCAGUCUCUGUGAUGCAAACUAUUUCUCUAAAUUAAGAUCAUACUUCCCAUAAACCUUCUUGUGUUCUGCUGUGAAAGGGAUCUUUGCAUUUUUGAUUUAAAAAAAAAAUAAACAUCUGCCUUCCA